AUGCCAGAAGUAAUUCAAAAUCUUGGCUGUUCAUUGAAUUCAUUAAACAUUUCGACCAGUAACAAUUCAUCAAUUUCUCUCUCUUCUCCACCACCUGGUGAUAGUCUGUCACAAGUAAAGAAUGAAAACACUCCCUUAUUAGAUCAUACCGUUGUCAAAAAUCUUCUAUCACCACCUAUUACUUCAUCAAACAAUGGUGUUGCAAAUGAUAAACCAAUAACAGAUUUAGCAAUGAAAACACCGAUUAGUUUUUUACAAGAAAUAUGUUUUCGUAUACAUUCAACACCAAACUAUAGUGUAUGUCCAAGUGAAGAACAUAAUUUUUCGAAUGAACCCUUAUUUCUUUAUCGUGUGACAAUUGAUGAUUUGAUUGCAUUUGGAAAAGGAUCGAGUAAAAAACGUGCAAAACAUACAGCAGCGUGGUCAAUGAUUGAAAAAUGUUAUGAAAAAUUAAAAAUGAUCAAUGAUCCAUUGGCUAAUACAAUUGAACAAUAUUGUCUAAUGAAACCACUACAAAAUAAUAUCAUUGAUGAUGGUGCAUCGGGAAAUCCUGUUGGUCAACUUCAAGAAUUAACACAAAAAAAUUGGAUACGUCCACCGGAGUAUGAAUAUGCCGAUCAAGAUGGUUCAACACCAAAUAUGAAAACAUAUAUUUGUCGUGCGAAAGUGGCACAUUAUGUUGCUGAAGGUUCUGGAUCAUCUAAAAAAAUUGCAAAACGUUUAGCUGCACAUAGCCUACUAGAAAAAUUAGAAAAACUUAAUACUGAUGAGAAAAAGGCAUUAUUGAAUCGUGCUGAAGGACAGGGUGAUCAAGAAUAUACACAAGUACAUCAAAAAAUCAGAAGAUCAAGACGAAAAGGAAAUGAGAAUAAUAAUCUUGAUCUGAAUGCACGUGCGAAUAGUUUCAGUAAUGGUUUAACACGUCCAACUCGUGUAUGUGAAAAAAAUUCCUUUCAAAUGUUAAAAAAUAGUGAUUUACCACUUAUAAAACAAUUAUUGUCAGAUGAUUACCGUGAAUGUCCAAAUGCAUGUUUAAUGUUGGCUCAUUUAGCUAAGGAACAAAAUUUCCACUAUACAUUUAUUGAAUUACCUACAAUAGAUUCACUAUUUCAAGUUCUACUUGAAGUUUGUUUAAUACCGGUGUCGGUAUUCCAUGGUUAUGGUACAACGUUAGAUAUAGCAAAAGAGCGUGCUGCAUUUUUCUCAUUGAAUUAUAUUCGAUGUUUAUCAAGACAAGCACAACAACAACCUGGAACAUCGACGACAACGACACCGAUUGCCGUUCAAUCGUAA